ACGACGCCCGUCGAAUCUUACUGACCGCCCUCUGACUUGAUCCUGAUGUUCAGAUCGGGACUCGGCGUCCAGGCCGGUCUCACGAGAAGAUCUCUCAUAGUGACUCUUGCCAUCAAAGAGGGUUCGCUCGUCGACGGACUUCCUCGUCCUUGAAGCGAGAUCACGCAGGCGUAGGCGUAAGAGCGUCGCUGGUUCGUAUUACUUCGUUGUUCCUGUCUUUGAGAGUGACAUGAUGCUCGACGGCGAUGUAGAGGAGGAGGCUGUAUGAAUGAGGGAGCAGUCGGUUGUCCGAAAGAUACAAAAAGGCUGCUCUUCCUACCUCCCAACUCUACCGAACCUCCGUGUCACCAAGCACUACUCCCCCGACGCGACCUCCACUUCAGCAUGUUCUUCCUGUCCACGCUCAGCUCCAUGGCCCUCGUUGCCGUUUCGGUCACCAGCAUUGCCGCCAGUCCGCUCUCCCCUCGCGCCACACCAUCCUGCUACGGCAUCACAGGCCCAUUCUUCAUUAAUGGCAAAUCUUACGCGCUCGAUGGUCAGACAGUGUCGUCCCCCGUGGUCGUCUCGGGCACGACAAACCUCUCGGCCAUCUGGUACGCCAACGGGCAUGGAGGAGCCCCUUGCGACAGCGGCUUCGCUUUGGGGAUCACCAAGGACUCACUAAGCAACGCGCCCAAGACUCUCCUCUCCUCCGACUGGCAGAACGACCUCUCGAUCAACGGUCCCCAGGCUAGCCUGAUUCGCAUCGAUGCUAACCGAUUUCAAUACGGCAACUACACCGCCUGGUUCGUCCAGUACGACCCCUCCAACGGCAACGUGCUGAGCCAGAGCAACAGACUGCCACUUCUCAUCAACUCGGACUACGGACGUCCCAACCCCUCUUCGUGAGCAGGCCGCCUUGCACUGUGCGAGAAAGAGGGCAGAAUGUGGAUCAAGC